AUGGCUAAGGAAGCUUUUCAGCACUACAGAAUCACAACGCCGCGCGAUUAUGUCGCUCACGUGGAAAUCAACCGACCCGAAAAGUCCAAUGCCUUCAUUGAGCCCAUGUGGCUUGAACUGAAGCAGGUAUUUGAUCACCUCGCUGACGACCCAUGUGUACGCACCAUCGUCUUCUCAGGGGCUGGGGAUAAGUCUUUUUGCAGUGGUCUCGAUAUCCAAAACGCAGCCCAAGAGGGCUCUGUUUUCAACCCUCGACAGGAGGACAUCGGAGAUCCUGCUAGACGUGCAUUCAAAGUGAGGAGGUGGGCGUUGCAAUUCCAGGACUGUCUCACAAGUAUCGAGCGAUGCGAAAAGCCGGUUAUUUGUGUUAUGCACGGAGUCUGCUUUGGUCUGGCCGUCGACAUUGCGACUUGCACGGACCUGAGGAUUUGCACUUCAGACUCAAAAUUCAGCGUUAAAGAAGUUGACAUUGGGCUGGCAAGCGAUGUUGCAACGCUGGCCCGCCUGCCAAAGAUUGUUGGUUCAUAUGCGUGGGUGAAGGAAGUAUGCUACACUGCUAGAGCGUUUGGAGCUGAGGAAGCACUGCACGUUGGGUUCGUUAACGAGAUCCUCCCCGGAAAGGCAGAGGCAAUCCAGAAAGCCAUCGAACUGGCCGGAAAUAUUGCCAGCAAAAGCCCUCUCGCUAUCCAAGGAACCAAGAAUUUUCUGGACUGGUGUCGGGAUCAUGAUGUUCCAUCAGGACUCACGUACAUGGCUGUUUGGAACGGUAGUGCUGCAAAUACUAAAGAUGUGCCAUUGUCGUUGGAGGCAAUCCGGGCAGGGGGUAACAAGACCCCACCAUACGAGAAGUUGUGA